GCAGCUGGUGUUCUUCGUGGGGCUGACCAUAUUCGACUGCCUAAUCAUGGUGAUCUUUGUGUGGCCUCGUCAGCGUUGGAUCAGCUUCUUCGAGUUGGAGGAGUCGCUGCCCCGGCUCUCGGUCUUCUUCCUCUCCCGCGUGGUCUGCAUCGGCUCGGUGGCGUGGUGGCGCUCGAUGUGGAAGACGCGGGAGGCCUGGUUCAUAUCCGACCCCUGGAAGAUCCAGUUCGGCAUGGUUAUCACUACGGUCAUCCAGCUCUUCCUGCUCUUUAUCUCCUACGACACCUUGACCGCCUACGACACGGCAGACGGCAUGGAAAAGUGGAUCGAGGACCGGAAGGCCGCAGGCAAGUCCGAUGCUACUGCCAAGGCCCAGCCAGACCAGAUCUUCGUGUUCUGUUUCACCCUGUCCUUCAUCGUCACGUCGCAGUGGCACCCGUUCUCGUUCUGGACCUCCACCAUCUACUGGCUGCAGGCCAUCGCGCUGUGCUCCAUGCUGUCGUGGUGCCGGGAGGCGACCCACGGCACCAUGUACCUGUCGUUCUCCGGGAAAGUGCUGUUCACCAUCAACUGUGCCAUGAACUCUCGCUUCGCGUGGGACCAGGAGAAAGGCGCGCGGAAGCGCUUCUGGAUACAGCGCGCGUGCGAGAGGACGCAGGCGGACAUCCACCAGAUCCUGGACCAGCUGAUGCCAAAGCUCGUUGUGAAGGACCUGGCCAGGCCGAACUGUACCCCGAGCAUGUGGCCGUGACCACGCAGGACGUCAGGGCGAACCGUCCUGGCACAGACGGCUUCGUGCACAGCGAGGACGAGCAAGGGUGCUCGUCCGCUUCGCCGCAGCCAGACAACUUCUAUCACAGAGCGCACCCCAGCUGGGUAGACCCGCCUACCGAUGUGAAGGAUUUGGCAAACCAUCGGACCACCCUGAAGAGUACGUUGAAAGCACUCGAGCAGCAGCUGACAUGCCAACGUUCUCUCAACAUGAAUGAGCAGCGGGUACAGACGCUGGAGCUAGAGUACGCGACCAUCCUGUACAUGUACAUUGCGGCUCAGCCCCCGCGAGAGCGCACCAACAACCAUAUCAUGUACCUCGAACGUGCUCGUGCACGAUUGCAGACAGCAGCGGAGACAGAGUCAGAGGCCAAGGCGCAGCUCGCCAAGGCCACUUCAGCACGCGUCGCGCUGGAGAAGGACGUAGAACAGGCGGAGGUGCUGCUGGAGACGUUCAAGACUCAGCAAGCCAAGCCCCACCGCAGCACGUGCCAGCUGGGCAGAGGGCCGCAGGGCGAGCUUUUGCGAGGCCGCCGCCGCCAGGCCAGCUCCCCCUUCAACGGGGCCCCGCCCGAGGCGUUCAGCCAGCAGACGGAGCGGAUGUACCGGCAGGAUAUCGUUUACGCGACAGCUAUCCUGCAGUAUUUCAGCUUGCUGACCUUCAGCCACAGCCCAGGGGACAUGGAGAUGAAGAUUCAGCAAUGGUGGUCUGAGACGGGACAACUCUUGGGCAAGCUCCUGGACCCUGGCAUCCCGGAGGUUCACUUUUGGGACUCUAAUGGCACCAUGGGCUCUGUCGUCUCGUCUAGUGUUGGCAGUGUUCACGAUGCCCCCGAGAACAAGACCGGCUCGCUUUUCCACGAGAUUUUUGCCCGAGAGGAGAGGAAGAAAGGGCGGCGCAUCGAUUACGUGGUUUGCUCACACUCAGUUGCCGCGCAGGGCGCUCGAGUCGCGCGCGAUAUAGAGCUGGCCAUCACCAUCGCCGAUCAUAAGACAGUCUCAAUCAUGGCUAAGAUUCCCUUGCAGCAGCAGAAUCCAGUGCACUAUGCAUACCCGCGCAGCAAGUACGACGAAUCUCUUUUUUGCGACACGAAGGCUCGGCAACGCUUUCAAGAGUUACUUUUACAUGUGCCGCAGCCAGAGUUUCAAGUUCAUGCUGCGGACCACUGCCAACAGCCCACUACUUACUUGCAGGACGCCAUCGCCACCGCCUUCCCCUCCCCCCCCCAAAAAAAGAAGACCGACAAUGGAAGAAAGCCUAGGCAUGCUUGGGUGUUUACUAAAGCCCUCGAGCACAUGGACACCAGAGCUGGGUUCCUCAGGCACUUUCGCGACACCUACAAGUCCUGGAAAAUAGCCGCCCUGGCCACCGUAUUUCGAGCUUGGGCUACACCGAUUGGGGGCUCCUGGUUCUCUUAUCGCCAGCUAUCCUGGCGCUUCGCGCUACGCCCGCUCGAUUCUGGAGCUCGGAGAUGGUAUCAAUACAUUGGGGAAGCUAUUAAAGGCGCUGCUCAGGGGCUAUCUGGGAUUCAGAAGCUCCCGUUCGAGUUGGAGGCUUACCCGGAGGCUCACAAGGUUUCUAGACCACGGCCUGACCGACUCCAGAGUUUCGAGCUCACAUGGCUCAACGACACCAUCGCACAAGGUAACUGCACGAUCAUCAUGAUUGCGCUUGCAGCUGGUGCCAAGGUCGUCCUGGCCAUGCGGCACACCAGCUUAUUUUUGUCGACCGAAGUUGUCAACCUGCAGCUCAGAGCCGAUUUGCGCAUGCAUGCACAAGAAAUUGCCAAAUAUGUAUCCAGUGAGUGGUCGAGGCGGGAUCUCCUCCAGGCUUUUCGCAGGCUUAGAUCCAUCGGGGCAGGCUCCAAGAAGAAGGUUCGGCGUCGAGUUUUACCCAUCCUCAACGGUUUCGACGAAAAUCCGUUCGACUCGGAACGUGCCGUAGCAGACGUGUGGACACAACGCUUCGCCCUUAUCGAAGCGGGUCCUGUCAUACCCAUCUCGGACCUGGCCUACCACAGCUCAGGGAUCCAGGAGUUGCCCCAGGAGCUCCUCGAUCGCAUCGCGUUCGCCCCGGAGGAUCUUUACACCAUGGCCCAGGUGUUGCAAGCUUUGCGCUCAGCCAAGCCGUCAGCAGCAGGACCAGACGGCAUUGCAGGCAACAUGGUCCGCAAGCUCGCUGGCGAGCUGGCUCCGCUGCUGCUGCCACUGCCCCUUAAGGCCCAGUACAGAGGAGUUGCCCAUGGUGGCGCGGACUUUGCAGCACUGGAAGUGCGCACCAUGCAGCAGAUCGGCCUCCAGACGAGGCAGUCCGCGUUGUUUAUCCUUACAGAUGCUCUCGUCUUCGAGACGGGUGCAUCUGACGAGGCGCUGGCCCACAUCCUCAAGCGUGCAGGGCUUCCACCGGAGGCCAUGGACGAACUCGAGGCGUACAUCAAGACCCAUGGGCCCAUCAUGGGGGCUUUGCAGUUCCCCAAGAGGUUCCGCGCGCAGGUGGCGGACUGCUACCAGUCCAACUGGUUCGUGGUCCCAGGGAGCUCUACCAUGGCUUUUCCUCAAGAGGGCACGGGGCCUGGUCAGCAAUUGGGGGGCCUGGUGCACAAUUUCGUCAUGGCCCUAGUGGCCAAAGAAGCCCAGGACGCUCUGGUUGAUCUUGGGAUUGAGUUACGUAUUCCUGUCUCGGAGGACCGUUCUAUUAGUACGUACCUGGGCCAGGACACGCAACACGUACAUACAGACCACUCUAUGGACAUGGCUUGUUUCGACGAUGCGAUGUUCAUGCUGCUAGGAAGCCCGUCCGACCUUCUACGGCUUGCGCCAUUCGCCGCCAGCAUCAUCUUCGACGCGUUCGGGUCCAGGGGUAUUCAGCUGCAUACCGCCAAGGGGAAUUCCGCUGCCCUUUUCCAACUACGAGGCAAAGGAUCCGACAUCGCGAAACGACGACUCUGGCUGCAGCGGGGAGGCACCAUUCGGUCUGUCACUAGGCUAUACGGCCAACUUGGCCUACACGCAGUCAGACAAUAUACGCACCUCGGAACUGUUCUCGACGAAGGUUGUUCUUUAGGACCCGAGCUAGCGCAUCGCCGUCAAGCUACAGUUUCAGAGUGGAAGAAGCUUCGCAGUGUCGUUAGAGACCCGCACCUCGAGAAUCGCAUCGGCAUGAUCUGGAUUGAUUCCCUCAUGUGUUCGAGCCGUUUGUACCAAGUAUGCACUUGGCCGACCCUAACACUGGCGCAGUCAGCCCAGCUGGCCGACGAUAUUGUUCGCAUGUACAGAGCUGUCGUCCACUGCCCGAGGAUUGACAAGACAGCGCUAUCGUCGGCGCAGAUCCUUGCCAAAGUUGCCAAGCCAGACUUAGGCUCCAUGCUGCGGGUGCACAGGCUGGGACUUUGUGGAAGGCUCUUGCAUCAUGGGCCAGCGCACCUUCUGGCUCCGGUGGGAUAUUGCGCCACCCUGGGCACGAACUCGUGGUUACACCAGGUCAUGCGAGAUCUAGAGUGGGUCCGUCAGCACCACUAUCGCUUGAAGGAGCUCCCCAAGGCCUCGGAGGACCUCGCAGCUUGGGAGUCGCUCAUCUUAGGCUCUGAGACGCGUUGGAAGGUCAUCCUCAAGGCUGCUCUGCAGGCACAUAUUUCACAUCAUGCUAGAACUACUCUUGCCGCUGUCGUGGAGGCCGAAGCUUUUCAGGUUUUAGACGAUGCGGGUGUACCGAAGGCCUUUACAGAUCCCAGCCAUCGCCUGAGGGUCCAAGAUCAAGCCACCAUGCCAUCCUACACGUGUCUAUGGUGCCCAGAGAAGUUCGACGCCAUCAAGGGUUUCAAGCAGCACACGGCCCGCGAGCAUCGGACGUUCAUACAUAGAAGGUCCCAGCUAUCCAGGUACAAGGACGUGCCCGAGCCCGCGCAGUCCAGGACCCUUUCGCACGAGAGGUGA